CUAUUGGCUAUUAUCAUCUCCGUGUCUGUCAUCAACAUGAACAUAGGCAGGAAGUUUGCUGCAUUGGAGGAAAAAGUGACCAACCUAAGCGCGUCAGUGUUCUCGGAAUUGCAAGGAUCGAAAGACGUCUACAUGAACAUAGGCAGGAAGUUUGCUGCAUUGGAGGAAAAAGUGACCAACCUAAGCGCGUCAGUGUUCUCGGAAUUGCAAGGAUCGAAAGACGUCUACAUGAACAUAGGCAGGAAGUUUGCUGCAUUGGAGGAAAAAGUGACCAACCUAAGCGCAUCAGUGUUCUCGGAAUUGCAAGGAUCGAAAGACGUCUACAUGAACAUAGGCAGGAAGUUUGCUGCAUUGGAGGAAAAAGUGACCAACCUAAGCGCGUCAGUGUUCUUGGAAUUGCAAGGAUCGAAAGCCGUCUACAAGGAGGUGGAAGCAGAGAUAAAGAAACUACAAGCUUCGAUCAUAAACGCGGAGUCUCAGCUGGGCUUUGUCACAGCCUCACAGUCGAAAGCCUGCUGCCCGGAUGGCUGGGUCUAUCGCUCCAUGAGCUGCUAUCUCUUCUCCAGCAGCAAGAUGGAAUGGCAUGCAGCCCAAGACGACUGCCGCUCGAAGCAGGCAAUGCUAGCAGUGAUCAACGACCGCACCGAAUGGGAUUUUGUCAGAAACUGGACCAUCCCGACAUACUAUUGGAUCGGGCUGACGGACGAACACACCGGGCGUUGGGAGUGGGUCGACGGGACACCCUUCACAGUGGAUCACAAGGAGUGGAUGCCGGGACAGCCAGACGACUGGAAGAACCACAGCCUGGGCGGAGGGGAGGACUGCGCGCAUCUCCACGGCAACGGCAAAUACAAUGACGACCACUGCACCAGGAAGUACCAAUUCGUCUGCGAGAGGAAACUGGGCUAGAGAGAGGGAAAAUGUUAUGGCCAAAAUGUAAAAAUAAAAAAAAAAGACUUACCCCCCCCUUCCUGUAGCAACACAAGGGAACGUAGAACACAAUACAAUAAACAGGUCCUGCUGUACCCUGUAAGAACAAGUUGAUUCAAGUACUGGUACAAUUGGGUGCUAUACAGUCCAGUGCUGUUGAGAGCUGUGAGGUGUAGUUUUAUAUAUUUAACUAACUACACAUAUUUAAAGGAUGAACACUCAUUUAUGUAUGUGAAGGGGGUGGUAGCCUAGCCUUUGUGACGUACAUUUGUAAUAAUAACCAAGAGCCUAACCCUCCUCCCUAUACAGUGCUUAGUGACCGAUAGAUGACAAUUCAAUUUCUGCAUCUGGCUGUUUACACUAACCUGUGCGGCAACGUCUGUGUGUUGCUGAAUGCAUUUCCUGAUAAAACACGUUCGCCUCUCCUGGGUUUGACAUGUUCUUGCUCCAGUGCUUGUGUUUUUGUUUCUCAAAUCUCCUCAAACAGGAACUCUAGCAGUUAAAGACAGGGGUCUUGAUACCAGGACAAUGCAGCACUGGGCAAUUACAGGCAAGCCCGCAGACACCUGGUCAGACCACAGGGGGGCGCUAGUGCACAGUGAGCCGAGGACAUCCUGGCUGUACAAAUCAAUUACAAGUGAAUAAUAUGUAGUUGUUGUUUAGUUUCAGAGCAAUAAACUGAAUUACACGGUGA